UGGCGCGAAUAAACAAGAAGGUUUUUCCUGCCGUCGUGUAACUAGCCGUCCUCACCUCAGACUUAUUUGUCCAACAGAACAAUGUCGGACGCGUUGACGGAGGACGGCAGCGACAUCAACCAAGAUGACAGCCAGGAGGACGUCAUGACUCCGGCGGAGCUGAUCGAUAAGCUAGAACAGGCCUGGCUGAAUGAGAAGUUUUCCCCGGAGCUGCUGGAGAACAGGUCAGAGGUGGUGGAGUGUGUGAUGGAGCAGCUGACUCAUAUGGAAGCUAACCUGCAGCGAGUGAAGAAGGGCGACGCCAAGGCCGGCUUCCAUCGGAUGGAGAUAGACAGGAUCCGCUACGUCCUGAGCAGCUACCUGCGAUCCCGCCUUCAGAAGAUUGAGAAGUACUUCCCCCACGUCCUGGAGAGAGAAAAGUCUCUAGUCGAGGGUCAGCCGUCUCUGCUUUCUCCGGAGGAGUUUGCCUUUGCCAAAGAGUAUUAUGCCAACACAGAAACCUACCUGAAGGCUGUAGCCCUGAAACGCAUGCCUCCAAACCUGCAGGCUGUGGACAUGCUCAAAGCAGUGCCGGAGCCCUCCCUGGACUCUUUUGUGUUUCUGCGGGUGAAGGAGCGGCAAGAAAAUAUUCUGAUCGAGCCUGAAACGGAUGAACAGAGAGACUUUGUUGUGGAUCUUGAAGAGGGCUCGCAGCACCUGAUGCGGUAUCGCAUUGUAGCGCCUCUGGUCUCAAGUGGAGCUGUGCAGUUAAUUUGAGCACCUCUGGGUCUUCGCCCUGUGAAACAGAAAGGACAGCUGCAUCAACAUUUAUCACAUCAGGAGAGCUGCUCCUCAGACAGGAGUGACUCUUGUCACACAGAUCCAGAUGUGUUUGUGACACCACCGCCUUGACACACGGCGUAGAAGAAUCCCGCUUCUGCAGGGCUGUGCUGUUAUUUUUGGAUCAUUAUAAUCACCAGAACUGAAGUGUGCUUAAGUUUUCAGAUCGUUGCCUUACGCGCACCAGAGUAUGACCUGCCAUGUUCCCAGAUUCUUUCUGCAUCACUGAAUCAGUAUGACUCAUCAUCGUUAUUGGACCUUUUUUCCGCCGCUCGAUAACAGGAUGCCUUCCAUGACCUGAAGGGGAAGUAAUUUUCAGUUCGCUUGGCACCACAGCUCCUGCCUUCCUGUGCCCUCGUUUGUGUAGGAAAACGGUUGUUUCCUAAGAGGCGACGUUCGAUCGACGUGAACUCGUGCGUCUGUGUGUUCCUAAGUUAAUUGAAAUUCAGCAAACGUUCGUACGCCGUGUGCUAACUUCCCCCUGUAAAUAUACAUUUGUACAUUCGACGCAUUUCAUCUUCAGCCGAAUAAACAUUGUCUACUGUGAGCUGUAAUUAUUGAAGCAGCAUUGUUAUGUAAGCAUGCCUGAGGGUGCACAAUCAGUGCUUAUUGUUUGGCCUCACUGUAAUUGCUCUGCAGUUGGAAGUGAUAAAGAACAGAGAGAGCGAGCGACCGUGUUUAGAAGUGCCGUCACAUUGACCCGCACUCUUCUCGUGCGACUGCUGCAGCUCUGAACUCGACGUUGUUUUUAAAGCUUUUUACGAAUAAAUGUGAACAGUGUGGUGUG